AUGGAGUCACUACAACUGCAUUCUGACGAAGCAGUGCGAGCCAGACCCCAGCGGGAGAUACGGCUACCACAGCAUCUGGAUAACUUUGAAGUUGGAUAUCAACCUUCAGUUACAACCCCUUCUGCAGUCAUAACCCUGCCUGCAUCGACCACUACAGCUGAUUCUGGAGCAGCUGCAAUACCCAAACUGGUGGAACUAUCUCCACGAAGGGAGAAACCACACUCACGCCGAAGCUCAGUGUCUUCUCACCACAGCAGGAAAUCCCAAUCCUCAUUCCGCUCACUGUCCAAGGGCUCAGCAGUUGAUGGGCUAUCCGAGCUACAGAGUGCCAGGUUGGAGGAGAGAAUGAAGCGUAUGGAACUAGCAGAAGCACAGAGGCAAGUCAUGGAGCAGACCUUAGUGGACGAACAGUGCCUACUGCUGGACAGAAAAGCACGAGACGCCCUUAACGAGCAAGAGAUGGCACACAAGGCAAAAGAGGCUAUUUCCAAACAACAGAUACUGCAACGCCGACUGAAAGAGAAAGAGAUGGAAGUCGAGAAAGCGGCUCUAAUUGCAUAA